ACAUGUUUACCAACAAAUCUCUUACUUAUUCUCAAAGUCACUCUUUCUUGCUAUGCAAAGGGUUGUUGAAGUAGAAUCUAGGCAGAAGGCUUUUCUCUUUUCUCAUUUUGUCAUUUCAGGUAGGCAUUUUAUUCAGCCUGUGUCUAUAAUAAUAUUGGAGCAGGGUAGCAGCCUCCAAAGGCAUUUGGUUUUGAUUUCCACUACUUUUUGUGUUCAAGGGUAGUUCUGUUCUCGGUUUAGCUGUUAGUGAUAGCUUGCAGUAUGCCAGGUGAAAUUCCACGGUUUAUCCCCAAAAACAACUUCCCUGAAACCACCACAGACACCUACGGGGAUUUUCUAGGGCCUGACUGGACAAAAUCCUCCCUGGUGAAGCAUUUUACGAAGCAGAAGAACCCUCCUAUGCUGCCAGUGGACCGCGCCAAUCCCAAGACUAGCCAGGAAUACGGUCAGUUUUACAACGGAAAACCGCGGCAGCAGAGCUAUGCAGAACCAGCGCGAGCUUCGGUCCCCCCUCCUCCAGUGGUCAAUCUGUCCCCCCUGGCAACGCCUCCCGGGAGAUCGUCCUUGCCUCAAAUCACCAACAUGCCCAGAUACAUCUCUUCACCGCCCAGGCCAAUGGGAACAGGGAAAUUGGACACCAUGGAGUUAAAACUCCCAAAUAUCCCAAGUGACAGAGUGAGAGGUAUUUCGGGAUUUGACAUCAAACUGAAUUUCAGCGACGCAACUUCUAUGACUUUUCACGCAACACCCAAAGAUCAAUACUAAGAUGUAUCAUUCAGCUGAUGGCAGGACAAUCUCCAAGCAUUAGCUUCAUCUUAGGCAUGAGCUCAAACUUUGUAUUAACUUUUUUAUGUCUGUGAAUAAUGGAUCGGUAGUUUUUUAAAGAUUCCAUUUUUUAUGUUCAAAAACUGACAUGAAUCUAAAUGCAGGUUUAGCGUCAGCUGGAUGGAAGGAGGACUUCGUUAUAAAA